AUGUCGCAUCUAUCAUGCUAUAAACUUUUGAAUACCAUAGGUCGAGGAAGUUAUGGGCGAGUUAAAGGUAAAUUUUAUUCAGUUGCCAUUCAUACACCUACAGACAAGCAAGUUGCUGUAAAGAUAAUAGAGUUAAAAAACAUAACUGACCAAGACUUCAAAAAUUUUGAAAGAGAAAUCGCAAUACUCCAGAAGCUUGAUCAUCCACAUAUAGCCAAAAUGUAAUUGACUACUCAGACAUGAAGUGAUAAGAACACCUAAUAGAUAUUAUCUAGUUAUGGAACUUAUCCCAAACGGAGACUUACAAACACAUCUAGAAAAAGCAGGAAAAGUCGAAGAAUCUAAAGCAUUAUAUUGGUUUCAACAAUUAAUUUAUGCAGUCGAUUAUUUUCACAAAAAGCAUAUUUCGCAUAGAGAUUUAAAGCUAGAAAACUUGUUACUCGAUUCAAACAACAAUGUUAAAGUUGGCGAUUUUGGCUUUGCAACUCCUAUGCGUGAUGGGUGUUUUCUUUAUACGUUUUGUGGCUCUCCACAUUAUGCGUCACCAGAAAUUUUGUCAAGUUUUCCUUAUUGUGGGACUGAAAUUGAUAUAUGAAGCUGCGGGGUUAUUUUAUUUUCAUUGGUUGCAGGGUAUCUGCCUUUUGAUGAAAAUAAUUAUUCAAUUAUGUUUGCAAAAAUCAAAAACGCGAAAUUCAAAAUGCCUCCAAACUUCUCUAGACCACUUAAAGAUUUAAUAUAUAGAAUGCUUGAUCCUGACCCUGUUGCAAGAAUAACAGCCCAACAGAUAAAAAAUCAUCCCUGAGUCAAUAUAAAUAUCCCUCCUUAUUUAUUGUAUUCUCCAAACAAAAAGACUCUUAGAAAACUUAACUCUGAGUCGCUACUAAGAGUAUCUAAUCCAUUAAGAGAAAGAAGCUUAUCAGAGUUUAGCAUUGCACCAAGGUCUGAUGAUUUGUCGUCAGAAGAUUUUUCAAAUCAAGGGGAUAAUGAGCUAUAUUUGCCUCCCUGGAAGUAUGGCUUUUCUUGCAAAAUGUCUGGGGAAGAUUUAGCAGCUCACCUUUCAAAAAUCCUUGUGGAUUUGAAAUUAAAGUGGAAAUCAGAAUCAAAAUUUUGCUAUAAAGUAUGCUAUGAAGAUAGCUUGAACAGUGCGACUGAUGAUUUAGCAUUUUACCUCAAAAUUUUCAAGGAUGAGGAUGUUUUUAUUCUUACUUUUCAAGAUGUGGCUUAUCGAAAUCCAUUGAUAUUAUUUGAUUUGUUUAGUAAAAUAUAUGUAUCAUUUGACAAGCUAAAUAAACAACUGAACUAA